UCCUGGCGAUCCAUUCAUUCCGUGAUAUUUUUUGUUACCAUCUUCCGGUCACGGUAAUCCGCCAAACGAGUUCAGAACGCCACGAACAGAGGGGUCUAGUCGGACGAUGCUGAGGUCGCCAAUAACGCACAUACGUCUGUGAAUCUCUACGAAGUACCAGAGCCAGAAAGCUCACAGGUGUAUCUUCUUGUGCUGGACACGAACAGCGCUCUUUAUUCUUAAUCGAUUCCCCUUGGGGCUUCAUUUUUCGUCCCUCUUCGGCUUCUUUUCUUCUUCUUUUUUUUUCGACUUUCUUUCUCCUUCACAAUGAAGUUCUCUUCACCAGUUUUCAGCCUCGGUCUGCUGGCCAGCAGCGUUGGUGCCAUACAAGUCAACUUUGACAGUGACGAGUCCAUAAAAGCUGCCGCGAGUACUGUUGCCUUCGGCCUGGCGCGGUUCUAUACAGGAAACAACACGGGUGAUACACCUGGCAACCUGCCAGAUCCCUACUUCUGGUGGGAGGCUGGCGCCAUGUUCGGCACGUUGGUAGACUACUGGUUUCACACGGGCGACGACUCGUACAAUGCAAUGACAACACAGGCACUACUGCACCAAGUCGGCGACGACCGCGACUACAUGCCGACGAACCAGACGCGCACGCUGGGCAACGAUGAUCAAGGUUUCUGGGCCAUGGCGGCCAUGUCGGCAGCCGAGAACAACUUUCCCAACCCGCCGCCAGACCAGCCGCAGUGGCUUGCGCUCGCGCAGGCCGUGUUCAACGAGUACGUCGACCGCUGGGACGAGGAGCAUUGCGAUGGCGGGCUGCGUUGGCAGAUCUUCCAAUUCAACGCCGGGUUCGAGUACAAGAACACCAUCUCGAACGGGUGCUUCUUCAACAUUGCCUCAAGGCUCGCGCGGUACACGGGCAACCAGACGUACGCGGACUGGGCAGGCAAGGUGUGGACGUGGCUCGAGGGUCACGAGCUGAUCGACUCCGAGUACAAUGUGUUUGAUGGCGCGGGCAUCGUUGACGAGUGCGCCACGCACGACAAGGCCCAGUGGACAUACAACGCAGGUAUCUACCUGCACGGCGCGGCUGCCCUGUACGACUACACCAAUGGCUCGGCCAAGGCGACGUGGCAGACGCGCAUCGAGGGCCUGAUCAGCCGCACGCGGGAGCACUUUUUCGACAAGGACACUGGCAUCCUCGUCGAGCGCGCCUGCGAGACGUUUGGCAACUGCAACAACGACCAGCAGAGCUUCAGGGGCUACCUGAUGCGCUGGUUCGGCGCGGCCAUGCAGCUUGCGCCCUUUACCUACGACACCCUCAUGCCCAUCCUGCGGACCAACGCGGCCGCCGCGGCAAGGCAGUGUACCGGCUCGCCCCCGGCCUCCCAGUACCGCGGACCUCCUGGGACGGCGUGCGGGUUCACCUGGACCGGGUCGUUUGACGGGCUUGUGGGCGUCGGCCCGCAGAUGAGCGCGCUCUCGGCGCUGCAGUACACGCUCAUCAAGAAGGCCGACACCGCUGUGCCCGCGACGGCGCUGACUGGCGGCACAUCAGUGGGCGAUGUGAAUGCUGGUGCGCGUGACGAGGAGAAGCUGGUCACCUUUGACCCCAUCACGAUGGGGGAGCGCGUGGCUGCGGGUUUCGCGACGAGCGCCAUCGCCCUGUCCUUGAUUGCUGCUGUCGUCUUCAUGAUGCGCGACGAGACAGAGAUUGAGGUCCGGAUGGAGAAGCUCGAAGGGGAGAAGGUGGUUAAAUGGGGUGUAUGAAGUGGAUAUCUUUGCCUGGAGUGGUAUAUUAUUCUUCAUGACCAGAAAGACUGGCAAAUUUGGGGGUUAUACUAUAUAAUACAAGCUCAUUGCCUGAGAUCGACUGGCGUGAGAUGCCUCGCAACAUGAUGUGAAUGUGCAUGCAGAGUGGAAGUGGCUGGUGCUACUGGGAGCACGGCUACAUAUC